GAUGUCAAAAGAUAUGAAGAAUAAAGUAGUUCUGAUAACCGGUGGUGCUUCUGGAAUCGGUUAUGAAAUAGCAGAAAGAUUUCUCGAAAAAGGCGCUAGUAAAGUUAUUUUAGUUGAUAUCAAUGAAAAACUUGGAAGGGAUGCCAUUGAAACAUUAAGUUCAAAAUAUGGAAACGAUAAGGUAUACUUUUACAAUUUUGAUGUUACAAACGCCACGACACUUUGGAAAAAAAUAACUGAUACCUUUAAGGAUAUUGAUGUUUUGGUGAAUAACGCCGGGAUAGCAAACGACAAAGAUGUAAAAAGAACUAUGGAUAUAAAUGUUAUCGCAUUAAUUGAAUUAUCUUUUAUGUUUUGGGAGCACAAUCGGAAGGAUAAAUCUGGAAAUGGGGGAACAAUCUUAAACAUUGCUUCCCUUUAUGCAAUCAGAGCUGACCCGAUUAUACCUGUGUAUCAAGCUUCAAAAUUUGCUGUAAUGGGAUUCACUAAAUCACUCGGACAUCAAUACAAUUUCAAGAGGUCUGGUGUUAGAGUCGUGGCAAUAUGUCCAGGAUUCACUGAAACUGACCUAAUAAACAAAAUUAAUCUGUGGGAUGAUACGUUAAGUGAUUACGUUACUGAAUUUUUAAAAGAUCAACUUUGGCAAAAAGUUGACUCUGUGGGCAGAGCGGUGGUUGAAAUAUUUGAAACAGCUGAAAGUGGUACAGCCUGGUUGAUUGACGGAGGUGAACCUAUCAAAGAAGUUUAAAUAUACUAUGUACCGACCUCGUGGAAUGUUUUAAUCUGAUAAAAAUAACAGAUUGAAACGCGAAAAAAACUAAUUCCAAAACCAAGAAGAUAAAUAAAAUAUUUUUUUUAAUACGAA